AUGGAGUGCCCGGUGCAUCAGGUCAAACCAUUUGCGCCUUCACUAUCCUCCAAGGAUGAGAUCGACCCGUCGAGGCUGGUGGCCAUUCCCCAGCCCCCGCCUCAGCAUUACUUUGGUCUCCUGGGCCAUAUCCCCGAAGUAGACCCAAGUUUCCCCUUGCAGUCGUACUGGAAGAUGAUGGAUAUGUACGGCCCGAUCUUCAAGCUGAAUCUGGGUACAACAGCUCCACGAAUUCUGAUCGGAAAUCACGAAUUGCUCAGCGAGAUGCUGGAUGAUGAUCGGUUCCAGAAGUCUCCUAACCGCGUUCAGCAGGCCAUGCGAGACUUCAUGGGCGAUGGUCUAUUCACUGCUCGCUUGGAAGAGGAGAACUGGUGGAAAGCACAUCGUAUCCUGGUGCCGGCAUUCGGGCCAAUUGGGUUGCGGAAGAUGUUCGAUGACAUGCUCGAAGUCAGCUCCCAGUUGAUCUUGAAGUGGGACAGGUUCGGUCCCGACUAUGAGAUCGAUUCCGCAGAGGACUUUACACGCCUCACUUUCGACACCAUCGGGGUCUGUGGAUUCGGGUACCGGUUCAAUGAGUUCUACUCGGAGCAGCCUCAUCCAUUUGCUCAGCAACUCCAGGAGGCGCUGCUUGAAUCCGGGAAGAGGGGGAAUCGCCCGCCGUUCAUGAAUCCUUUCUAUUACAAAUCCGAGCAGCAUCGGCAGGAGAACAUCGCCAAGAUGAGAGAGCUGUGCGAUCAGGUAGUGCAGGAGAGAAUCGCCAAUCCACAGCCCGAAGCCAGAGACGUACUCAAUCUGAUGCUCAACGGCGUAGAUCCGAAGUCCGGGGAGAAAUUGAGCGUCGAGAAUGUUCAAUUUCAGAUGGUCACCUUUCUAGGCGCCGGCCAUGAAACGACUAGUGCAUCACUCGGGUUCACUUAUUAUUUUCUUUGCAAUCACCCGGAGAAGCUGGUCAAGGCACAGCAAGAGGUCGAUGAAGUAGUCGGCACUCAAAUCCUCACCGCGGAUAUGCUCCCGCGCCUUGUGUAUCUCGAUGCCUGUAUCAAAGAGUCACUGCGGGUCAUGAGCCCAAUCAACCUAUUCAACCGAACUGCCAAACGAGAUACGACUUUAGCUGGUAAGUAUUUUAUCAAGAAGGGCCAGCUGGUGUCAGGCCUCAUGCGGCACUUUCACCGCGAUCCGAAGAUAUGGGGGGAAGACGCAGAUGAUUUCCGACCAGAACGGAUGUUGAACGGUGGAUUCGAGGCGCUUCCUCGGAAUUCCUGGAAGGCCUUUGGCGACGGCCUGCGAGCUUGUAUCGGCAGCGGGUUCGCAGUUCAAGAAAUGCUCAUCAACAUGGCGAUGGUGUUGCAACGAUUCCACAUUGAAAAGGCUGAUCCUGAAUAUGUGCUCCAGCUCAAAAGCACCCUAUCAAUCAAACCGUUGCAGUUCAAGAUGAAAGUACGCCGUCGGCCCGGUCGAAGCAUCCUGACGGGACUCCCGGGGAGUAGUGACCCAGCGCAAGCGGCACCGCAGCGUCGAGGUCGACCAGAAAAGCUACAGUCAUCACAGAAACGCACAAAGCAGCGCGUUUCCCUAUUCUUUGGCGGCAACUCAGGGACUUCAGAGAGCCUGGCCCAUUCCCUGGUCGCAGCCGCAGUUGACUUUGGAAUUGAGAUCGACACCCAGAGUCUGGACGCUGCUACCGAAAACUUGCCGACCGAUCGUCCCUGUGUGAUCAUCACCCCGUCGUAUGAUGGGAGACCCCCUGACAAUGCCAGGAUAUUUGUUGCCUGGAUUGAAAAUCUCUCAGCCAGGUCAAAGGAGCUUCCCCGUGGGAUCAAAUACGCUGUAUUCGGACUUGGAAACAGUGAUUGGGCCAGCACGUUUCUUCGAAUUCCGCGCCUGGUCGAUCGACUGCUGACUGAGCUGGGCGCUGAACGCAUUGUUGAUCCAAUCUUUGCCGAUGUUAAGAAGGAUCUCAUGGGGCCAUGGGAAGAAUGGAGCGAACAGCUUUGCAUGACGUUGUCCGGCGCCACUGAAUUACAUCCUGGCCACAGCGCCGUUGGUGUCGACGUUCGGUUAAAUGAUAGUAACGAUGUCCAGGUGGCUUGCGGUGAGAAAAUGGUCGUGGGCACCGUUAUUACCAACAAUUUGCUGGCCGAUACCUCGAUUGGGCCCGCAAAGCACCACGUUGAUAUCAUGCUGCCCUCCCAAUACGAGUAUAAAUCAGGAGACUACCUCGUUAUCCAAGGCCGAAAUUCCGACGAAAUUGUUAAUCGCGUGCUAACACGGUUCCAACUCAACAAGACCGAUGUUAUGAGUAUCCAAGGGAGCAAAAAGGAUUUCCUUCCAUCACAGCCCAUGGCGGUUGAGGAGUUUUUACAUGGCAAGGUGGAGCUCGCUACACCCAUCACGAAGCGACAGCUGGCGACGCUUGCCUCGUGGGCUAAGGAAGACAACAAUGACCGAAAACGGCUGCAGGAAAUGCAAGGAGCAGAGCAAUACCAGGCCCUUCUCGACAAGCGAUACUCCGUUAUCGACGUUCUUGAAGAAGCCCUUGAACUUACCCUCCCGUUUGGGGUCUACCUGGACCUUCUUGUGCGGUCAAGUCCCCGCCAAUACUCCAUCUCCACCACGCCGUUGGAUCCUCGUAAUAACCGUCACACACAGGCCGGGCAUAACCUCGUGGCUGGGAUCACGUUCGAUUUGUUCAAAUCGCCAGCGAUGAGCGGUCAUGGCACCUUUCAUGGGGUGGCCAGUAGCUAUCUGGCUACCUGUAAGCCCGGAGAUCACGUCCUGUGCUCUAUUCGCCCGACGAGCGUACCGUUUCGUCUUCCCGCGGACCCAGAGACGCCCAUUAUAAUGCUGGCUGCAGGGACGGGCAUUGCGCCGAUGCGAGCCUUCAUCCAGGAGCGCGCAACCAUUAAAAACGCCGGUGUUCGCAGGUUAGGGCCGGCCAUCCUUUUCUUUGGCUGUCGCCACCCGGACAAGGACUACAUCUACAAGUCUGAACUUGAGAAAUGGGAGCGCGAAGGAGUCGUGGAAGUCAUCCCUUGCUUUUCCCGGCCCUCCGUAAAGUCUGAGAGACGAUAUGUACCUGACGCACUUUGGCAUCUCCGUCAUCGUGUUUGGGAGAUGUUUCAGAAAGACGGGAGAAUAUAUGUGUGCGGUAGCGCUUCCAGGCUUGGGCGAAGUUGCUCAGAGACAUGGCGCAGAAUAUGGGCAGAAAAGACAGGGAAGAGUGAGACUGAGGCGCAGAAAUGGUUGGAGAAGAUCAAGAAUAAUCGAUAUAUAAGCGAUGUUUACUAA